UGACUUCAGUCUCUUCGUCAAAACCCCCUGUAUGCUGAAACCCUCUCCACCUAAACGGCUAAACCCAUGAUCUCCAACAUCCAAACUGCGCCGGAAGUUGCGCCGGAAGAGGUUCUCCUCACGAAAAUAUUACAGAAAAAGCUCGAGAAUACCGAUCAGAAUACCGUUCUCGGAGCCUCCAUAAUGGAGUACCGGCUUCAUUACAUCAGUGGGAGCCCUUAUUACAACGGCACAAUUAUUUUUCAGAACGGUGACACAAAAGAGGUGUCUUUUAUUCCCUUUGAUAAAGCAGAAGGCAAGAAAGUUUGUGAUAUAUACACUUAUAGCACAAAUAUCUGUGAUGAAAGGGUUCUUAGGCCCUGGUACAUUUCGUAUUGUGAAGAUAUUUGCGAGCACAUUAUUUGCUAUGACCGAUUCCACUACUCUUUAAGAUAUUGGCUGCCAAGGUGGACCAAAUUCAAUAGUGUUAAAGAUGCAUAUGGUUUGCCUCACUCAGUAAUUAAGACACAAAUCAGCAAGCUAUUGAAAUCUGUGAAUAACAUUCACAAGAGCGGAUUGCUUCACCUAUCACUCUCUGAUAUCUCUAACUAUGUUGUUAUUGACAACAAUUGGUAUAUUAUUAAUGUCGGUGGCAAUCUUAAGACUCUUAACCUAUCCAAUAGACAGCAGAUGGUCAUAAAGGACUUCCAAAAUUUUGGUAACAUGCUUGAGAAAAAUGUUCUCUUAGACACUUCAUGGCGAGAAAGAAAUGACUUCUUAAACACAUUUGCUAAUAAUGUUUCUCCUAAUCGACUUGUCCUGAUUCUAUUGGACAAUGUAUUCACAAAAUCUUCAUAUGAUCGACUUCAAAUGUUUUCAAAAAUUCAUCACGAAUGGAAGGACCGUAGUCGCAAUUGCAAUAUGUUAAAUAAUGCCAUUUCAAAUGGAGUGUUUAACUGUUAUAUUACUAAUGGAGGAUGGGACAAGGUUCCCAUGGGCAAUGUUUUGUCUCAAGUUUACCAGUUUUCCAACAAGUACGAUGGACAACAAAUAACGAGCUUAUUGAAGUUUUGCCGCAAUGUUUUCGAACAUUAUUACCAAUAUACUGGUAAUGUAAAGAUCAUUGAGAAUGAGAUGAGACAAUUAUGGCCUGGAUUUUUGGAAAGACUACUUUAUUACUACUGAGAAUCCGGCCAACAAGAGGUAGAUCAAUUGCAAUGAUAAACUGAUGGAGUUUUUUGAAGGGAAUGAAAAGGUCAACUUUUUGUUAAAUUAGGAAGUUGCUCUCACGCCAUUUUAAUUUCCGCACCAUAUAUGUUAAAUAUAUUUGUGAAAUUUUAAUUUCUUCUACUUUGUAUUUGAACAAAAUAUAAUCAAAACCACAACUUGUUGAUUUGAUUAAUUUGCAGUAGCAAAUGAAGUAUGAACAGAUGAA